UUGCCUCCUCCCCCAGUGCGGGAGUUGGAGGACGCCCUUCGUCUGGACAGCUCCGAGUUCGAGGCUAAGCACGGCUUCCCCAAGCCCCAGCAGGGCGACGAGAUCAUCACCCACUGCAACAAGGGCGGCCGCGCUGGCAAGGCCACCGAGGCCCUCAACGCCCGAGGCUACCACAACGUCAAGACGUACAAGGGAUCGUUCAACGAUUGGGUGGCUCAGGGCGGCGAGAUUGACAAGCACGAUCAUUGAGAGCAUCGACGCUCAUAUACUUUUCACCGCACAAUAUCCUACACUUCACGUUUUUAUCAUAUGUGCUAGCUUGAAUUUUCAUGACAUCAUUUUGUUAUUCUUUGCUCGUUAUUACUUUACGGAUUUUUUCCACGUUUAUAUUUACGUCAUUCAGCAAUUGCUUAAGGUCGCAUGCCUAGGAAACGAAAUCAGAACUAAUAAGCCAUAUCAUCUUUCUUUUUAUGAAAGAUUUUAAUAUUUUCCAAAUUUCUUAACGAAUGUAGGGUAUCACGUUUUUGCAUGCAAAUUUUCGUUUGCCUUCUUGUUUGCUUCAAUUCAAGAUUCAAAUUUAUUAUACAAUAUUAAUACAAAAAUACAAUAUUGAAUUAGUAAUAGUACCACUCGUUUGCAUGAAUAAUAAAAAUUAUUGUUUU